AUGUCAACGGGUACAGAGAGACAUCUCACAAGCUGUGAUGAAUGGGAUACAGGCUUGAGUGAUACCGUUGACUCCGUGGUUGGAGUGGAGUGUUAUGCAGUCUACAUACAAAUCCAUCACAUCUACAGAGUACUACGUACCUGGGGAUACAAGAUCGGGUUCAGGUCAGCAGCCAGGCUUCCAGCUCUGGGAUCAAAGGCCCCUCCGCAGAAACCAAGACGUCUCGGACUAUUGAUGUGGAAAGUGACAAGCGGAGUGGAGCAGAUAGUGGAAUCUUGCAGAUAUGACCAUCAGAGUUCCGAAAGAAUGUUGUGUGCCAAUGCGGAUCCAUUAUACGACGAAUAG